AUGCUGCCGAAAAUGUUGCUUCUUCUCGCCACUUGCUAUUCGACCAUUUUUGGUGAACCAAUAAUAUCGGUUCGAGUGAAAGGAAGGCUUCUCUGCGGCGGAAAACCGAUGAUAUUCUUCCCAAUUCAGCUACUCGAACGAAAUAUAAUAUUCAGAAACAAUGUGUUCACCGAAGGCGAGACCGACGGCGACGGCUUCUUCGACAUUUCCGGAACGGCGAUUGACGACAACGAGGAGUUUAUUGAGAUUCCGAAAGAAUUCCGCACGAUUGGGCAUCUUGUCAAGAAGGUUUAUGAUAUUGGCACGAAGGAUGUGCUGUCUGAAAUUAAUAUUAUGAAUUGUAUUUCAUAA